AUGACCAGGUACAGAGCACCGGGGCCCCCCAGACAGGCAGUCUCAAGAACCAACCAACCCCCCUUGUCCGCUGCGAGCUGGUUCAAGAUUGGUGCGCUGUACCUAUCUGCAGACUGCACCAGUAUCCGCGGUGCGCGUCCUGCCCGUGAUGCGCAUCGCAGGUACCUGCCGGGCGAGGUUCAAGCCGAGAGCUACCUCCAGCCUGGAACCUACCAAGCUCGUAGAUGCAGUUGCAGAACAGUGCCAAUCCAAUCGCAGAAUCCCACCAUCUGUCUCUCUGCUUUCCCCUCCCCCUCUGAAGUGCAUCCUAGCAGGUUGUCUGCACUUGACACCCCUGUCAUCCUAGUUCAGGUUCCUCCAACAGACUCAAUCAGAAGGGGGGCAUGGAGGGGUGGCUUGGAGGGGAGACUGGAUUGGGGGGCACACCGCGCCGUACUCCGUACUCGGGGGUGA